AUGUCGACCAUCGUCAUUAUCGGGCGUUACCACUUCUUCUUCCGAAUCUCCUACGUCCAGCCUUUCGACCGAGAUAAUCCUGUGGCUAGCAGUGUCAUUACUGAGACUGAAACAUCUACGACGGCCUUGAACACUGAGGCAAUUACCUCCACUAUCAGCACCGAAACCUCAACAAUUGGCUCCGAAGCUGCAACAUCAGCCACUGAAGAUGCAACUACGACGACCUCCGAGGGCGAAACAUCGACGACAGUCAUAGCCACCACUGAAAGCUCAAUGGUUGUCUCCGAGACUACUAUCGCGACCACCACAACCGCCGAAGCAGAGCCGACCUAUCUCAUCAACUCCAACUUUGACGAUGGCACAACUGCGCCAUGGAUAGUGACGCCUUACCCGAACCCCUUCAGCCUCAGCGACCAGAGUAAGGAAGGCCCUGCAUCCGGAUGUCAACUGUUUGGACCCGGAACCGGCCCCGGCUCGCAAUACAAGAACUAUUUCUACCAAAAGCUUGACAAGAAAUUCCUCAGAGCAGGCCGCUACUCCCUCAAAGGCUACGUUCGCGUCGGCCAGAUCAUCGACGAUAACAGAAACAAUGGAUGCUCCAUGAUAGGCGCUCACUGUCUCGCGGGGCCUGCAGGUAACCCCAACAACCUGCCGGGGGAUAGCGGGGAUGCCGGUGCAACUGGUUAUUAUCUGGAUUGGUACCAGUUUAACGGUCAAUGCACCUUUACUGAAGAGGUUCUGGCCCAGUAUGACCAGUUUGGUGUUGGCAUUGGAUUCAAGUGUCUUACCACAGGUGUCAACGUCGAUGCAGUGUCCUUUGGGCCAAUUUAG